UACAGUUUUAACCAUUUGUUGUAUCUUAUUUAACCCUUUUCAAGAAAUGUCUUUCUUGCAACUUGUAAUUUUCCUUAUUUACCAAUAACAAAGUACUCAUACCGCUCUUUGUUGUGAAGUCAUGGUGAUGAAGUGUACUGUUGUCAGCUUUGUGGCACUGGCCGUGCUCAGCAGCUUCUGUGAUGCUCAGUGGAGAGAAGAUGUUUACAGACCCUCACUACCUAAAUACCCGAGGCCAGUACCACAUGGGAAACCGGGACCCAGGACACCGGUGCCUAUAGGUCUCCAACAGUCAAAGCAGACAUUCGAGCAACCACUCACAUGGAGAUACCCUGAAGAUCCGAAGCCUGACGUCAAACCCCAAGGGCCUUUUGAGUUUAGACAGCCUGUUGCUGCUAUAUCUGUUGCUGUCGCAUGCACAGAGACGGAUGCUCAUGUGGAAGUCAUGAGGGACUUUUUUGGGAUUGGACAGCUCAUCAAUGCUGCUGACCUUACCCUGGGAGAAUGUGGUGUUACUGCAGUGGACACUGCUGCCCAAGUGUUUAUUUUUACGGUUCAACUGCAAGACUGUGGCAGCUCAUUAGCUAUGACAGAAGAUACCCUCAUCUACACCUUCAGCCUGAAUUAUAAUCCCCAACCUAUGGGUGCUGCUCCUGUGGUGAGAACCAACCAAGCUGCUGUAAUUGUGGAAUGUCACUACCAAAGAAAGCAAAAUGUGAGCAGCCUUCCUCUUGACCCUCUAUGGGUCCCAUUUUCUGCGGUUAAGGUGGCUGAGGAAUUCUUAUACUUCACCCUGAAACUCAUGACUGAUGACUGGCAAAGUGAGAGGCCAAGCUACCAGUAUUCCCUGGGAGACAUGAUUAAUAUUCAGGCUGUUGUCAAGCAGUACUUCCAUGUUCCCCUCCGUAUUUAUGUGGACAGUUGUGUAGCUGCUCUUACACCUGACGCGACCUCCACCCCCAGAUAUACCUUCAUUGAUAACAAUGGGUGUUUAAUUGAUGCUAAGCUCACAGGCUCUACCUCUAAGUUCUUGGUUCGCACUGUAGACAACAUGCUUCAGUUCCAGAUGGAGGCCUUCAGGUUCCAGGGUGACAACACUGGAGUGCUCUACAUUACCUGCCAUUUGACAGCAACAUCUGCUGCCGAUGAAGUCGAUAGUGAACAUAGAUCUUGUUCCUACAUCAGUGGUAUUUGGAGGGAGGCCAGCAGAGCUGAUGCAGCUUGUAGCUCCUGUGACUCUGGUGUAGUUGGACAACCUGGCACUGGUGUACCUGGAUCAUUUGUCAUUGGUGUACCUGCCUACCCUGACACUGGUGUACCUGCAUACCCUGACACUGGUGUACCUGCAUACCCUGGCACUGGUGUACCUGGAUCAUUUGUCAUUGGUGUACCUGCCUACCCUGGCACUGGUGUACCUGGUGGUGGCAGUGGAACUAAAAAUCCUUACAGGAAGCCGCGUGAUGUUUUUCAAAGGGAAAUUUUCGAAUGGCAAGGUGAUGUAACCCUGGGUCCCUUCCACAUUGAAGAAAAGGUUUAACUCAAUUUCCUGCCAUGGCUAUGACCAAGAAAAUAAACAUUUACAUUGGUUCAUAA